CCAUUCCCAAAUUUUACACUUUUACUCCAUUGCUCGCUUUCUGCAUCAUCAUCAUCAUCAUCCUUUUGCCAGGAAGUUAAGCAAGGUAAACAAACUCUUAUAUACUCACGAUCAAAUUGGAGAUCCUUCGUACGAAUUUCCGGAUAGAUCAGUUGGAUCGCGAACUCAGCAAUCUCCUUAUUGUUGUUAUCAUCACUAGAAGGAAAGAUGAAUAUAUUCCGAUUAGCCGGUGAUAUGACUCAUCUCGCAAGUGUUCUCGUAUUGCUUCUCAAGAUCCACACCAUCAAAUCAUGUUCUGGUGUCUCCCUGAAGACUCAAGAGCUUUAUGCCAUUGUAUUUGCAACACGUUACUUGGACUUAUUUACUGACUAUAUCUCGCUUUACAACACCUUGAUGAAAAUAAUAUACUUGGCAAGUUCUUUCUCAAUUGUCUGGUAUAUAAGACAUCACAGGAUUGUUCGCAGAUCUUAUGACAAAGAUCAAGACACAUUUCGCCAUUAUUUCCUUGUUAUUCCUUGUUUCUUUUUGGCCUUAUUGAUACAUGAGAUGUUCACUUUUAAAGAGGUGAUGUGGACAUUUUCCUUGUAUUUGGAAGCUGUUGCCAUACUUCCUCAGCUUGUGUUGUUGCAAAGGACUAGAAAUAUUGACAACUUAACAGGACAAUAUGUUUUACUACUUGGUGCUUACCGAACAUUUUACAUUCUUAAUUGGAUUUAUAGAUUCUUCACUGAGCCACACUAUGUUCAUUGGAUAACUUGGAUAUCAGGACUUGUCCAGACAUUAUUAUAUGCUGAUUUCUUCUAUUAUUACUUCCAAAGCUGGAAGAACAACUCAAAGUUACAGUUACCAGCUUGAGAGAUCAUAUACGGGUAUGUAAUAGAAUUAUCCAUCUAUGUAAUGAUACUUGCAUUCUUUCAUUCAUUCCGUUACUGUACAACUGAAAAUCUUAUUAUAUAUGUUUUAAAUACUUAAAGUUUAUUUGUAUUCAAGUAACAACUUCUUUAUAAGCUAGAGUCUUGUAUGUAGGAUAGUGUGUAUAGUAUUGAAGGAUUGACAUUAAUCACUUGCAUUGUAUUUGUAUCUUUGUUUUUCGAUUUUAUUUCUAGCUUUCUCCUUCA